AUGAAGGUCGCUAUCAUCGGCGCCACCGGUCAGACCGGCUCGGUCAUCGUCGACGCUCUAUUGGAAUCGACCUCACAACAGUUUGAGAUUGUUGCUCUCACCAGGCCAUCUUCCAUGCAGAAACCCGCAACGGUCAAAUUGCAAAGGAAGGGUGUCAGACUAGUCGCGGCUGAUCUCAGCGGCCCACAAGUCGCUUUGGUUGAGGCUCUUGUAGGGAUAGAUAUUGUGAUCUCUGCCAUUUACGGUGGCAGCGUGAUGGACGAAAUAUCCCUGAUCAACGCUUCCAAGGCGGCUAGCGUUCAACGGUACUUGCCCUGCUUUUUUGCCACGGUUGCAGCUCCUAAGGGAGCACUUCUCUUGAGAGACAUGAAAGAAGAUAUUCUGAAUCAUAUCAAAAAAAUUCACCUUCCCUUCACUGUGAUUGAUGUUGGCUGGUGGUACCAGGUCAAUUUACCAAAGCUUCCGUCCGGCCGCGUCGACUACGCAGCCAUGGAGACUUCGGACGGCAUUGCUGGAGAUGGUAAUGUGCGCUUUGCUCUAACUGAUAUCAGAGACAUCGGGAACUAUGUGGUUAGGAUCAUAAACGAUCCUCGCACCCUGAACCGCAUGGUUCUUGCUUACAACGAGGUCAUGACGCGAAACCAGUUGUAUGACCUGGUCGAGGAUCUAAGCGGAGAGAAGCUCGAGCGAAAAUAUGUUUCUGCCAACGCUAUUUCGGCAAUUAUCGCCAAAAUUGAAGCGACACACCCCUCACCAGAUUCGUUGGAGUUCGUAACUCUGACUCAGUACCAAUACUGGUAUUCUUGUGAUGUUCGAGGAGAUAACACCCCCGAGUAUGCAGCCUAUUUGGGUUACUUGACAACUCAUGAGCUUUACCCCGACAUCCAGCCAAGGCAGUUCAAGGCCUACGUACAGGAGGUUCUCGAUGGAAAGGGAAAGAGGGUCUAUGAGCACCUUAAAGAUUUGCCUGCUGCAAGCACUGCUACGGUUGAGUGA